AUGCUAAAAGGAAAAGCUCGGGGAGGGGAGUGCAAAAACACUGAUUAUGGGGAUGAAGAUGAAGCAUGUAAGUUUGCCAAUGCCAAUGAAAUGGACUUAAUCGUAAUGAAUCCAGGAAUUGUAAUAGGACCAAUCUUGCAGCCAACUCUUAAUUUCUCUGUAGGCGUGGUUGUUGAACUAACAAAGGGUAAGGAUCCUUUUAUGAGCAAAAGUUAUAGGUUUGUGGACGUGAGAGAUGUUUCUUUAGCUCAUAUCAAGGCACUUGAGACUCCAUCAGCCAAUGGUAGAUAUAUCAUUGAUGGUCCGGUCAUUGCGACAUUAAAAGACAUUGAGAAAAUUUUGCGCGAGUUCGUUCCUUAUUUGUGCAUUGGUGAUGAUAAGAACAAUGAAGACAUUGACCUUGAUUUAGUGACAUACAAGGUGUCUGUUGAGAAAGUGAGGAGUUUGGGAAUUGAAUUCACUCCUACAGAAACAAGCCUUAGAGACACUGUUUUCAGUCUGAAGGAGAAAUGUCUUCUGUGAUUCUCUUUGUUGUUUUAUUGUACUUAUUAUUGAUUUCACUAUUACAGUGACAUGAAUAAGUAAUUUGUCUUAAAAAUAAAGAUAUAAACAAUCGUAUUGCCCCAAAACUAUGUUAUUUACUCGUGUCUUGUGCCAUCCCCAAUCUUUUUAAUCCGAACUUCUCAACACAAAACUGUAUUUUAAAAAAUAUAUGUCAAUAUUUUUAUUAAUAUUUUUAAUAAAUUAAUUAUUAAAAUUAAUAUUAAAUUUUCUAAAAGAAGAGACUUUAGUAAGUUUUCCAAUUUUUCAAAAUACCAAUAAAAUAUUAAUAAAUUGUUUGUACCCAUAUUUAAAAAUUAAUACUCCAUUUAAAUUUGGAAAACUUAAUGACACUCUUAUUAGAGUUUCUGUUUUUGCUAUUCUAAUUUUUUGUGUCGUGAUCUCUAUCCGAAUUUUAAUUAAUCUAUUUUAUAUAAUUCUUUUCUUGUAUUUUUCGUGUUUAUUACAUUUUAGAUCUUAUUGGAUGAAGGCACUUGUUUUGCUCUUAUUUUAAUUGAAUAAAUUGUUGAGGUGUCGUGAGCUCGAGGUUAUCAAGUAACGUGGCAAAUGCGAGUUUCGCCGUUCCCAAGGCAAUGCAAUACAUUCUGUUUGAAGUUUCAACCCUCUCUUCUGGUUUCUUUUUCAAGAUCCAUACCAUUUCAAACUUGUAAGAAAACUAUUCGCAGCUGGGAGUCUAAAGUUGAUGGGGAUAAUAAGCAUUCAGACAGCGAUGGAUCUGAUCGUCGCUGGUUUCUCUCUGAUGAUUGGAUUUGGUAUCUUUGCUAUCAUCGCCUCUGUCCUCUGCUCUGUCGUUUUCAUCCACCAUGUCAGAGAGGCUCCUUCUAACCCCUCCCUUUUAAGUUCUCGCCGGGGAUAAACAUACAAAACCAGAUUGAAAGGGGAGAAAAGAAGAAAUUUGCACAGAAGCUUCUUCUCUAGUUCUGCUUGUACGUGAAAUGCAGAACAAAAAUUGUAAUCCAAAUUAUAAAUAAAAAUUACAAAUAAGUUUUUUUUCGACAAUUACUAAGUUAGAACAUCUCUAGAAAUGUAACGUGUGAUUUACGUAAUUAAAUAAAUAAAACUUGAUGAGUAAA